GUCAGUGUACCACCAAGAUGAUUUUGAAGCUGUUACUUUAAGGUCAAAAUGUUAUAUGAUGUUGCUUUAAUAUGAAGGCACACCUUAGAUUAAUUAAAGGUUAUCUUUCAGAUGAUGUUUUAUGUCCAGUCAAGUAAUGUAGUGGGCUAAUGAGUUGGAGCCUUUGCAUUCUAUGCAUAGAUGGUUGGGAACAUUCUUUUUUAAUAACUUCUCUAACAUAAGCUAUUUUUAACUAACCUGGGAAGUUGACUAAUGACAAAGAGUGUCUGACAAAUGAUAGUUUCUAACGUAACAGUGUGUUGAGUUACUUUGUACAUUCAAAAUAACAGUCUGUAGAAACACUGCUAGCUAGCGAGAAACCUAUCAAUAUAGCACAUUAAUUGUUGCAUUGUUUUUGAGUAUUUCACUUCAUUUGUUAUUGGAUACAUGGACAAAGACUGGUUGGGAUGUCCAUAUAAUCUGUGAUUUUGGUGGUGUUGGAGCUGAUGGGGGACGAAAAGGAGACCUGGAAAGUUAAAACACUUGAUGAAAUUCUUUUAGAGAAAAAGCGCAGACGAGAACUGGAAGAGAAAAGUGACUGCAAACGUCCAAAAACUACGGAUGAGCGAGAACCCAAGCGGGACACUCUGGAGGAAGGAGAGCUUCGGGACCACAGGAUGGAGAUAACCAUCCGGAAUUCACCUUUUAUUCGUGAAGAGGCAGUAGAGGACAGAGGGGAAGAGGACGACGCACUGGCUAUUAAGCCUCCCCAGCAGAUGACCAGAAAAGACAAAUCGCAUCACAGGAAAGACGAAAAGCGUAAGGACAAGAGGCAUAGGCGCAGCCACUCCGCUGAAGAAGCAGGGAAACACGUGCGGACAAAAGAGAAGGAGAAAGAACGUGAGAGUGAGCGGAGGAAAAGGGCCUGGGAGGACCAAGAGAAAGCCAGAAGAGACUGGGAAAGACAGAAACGCAGAGAGCAGGCUAGAGCUCACUCUCGCAGAGAAAGGGAGGACUGUGAAAAGACCAUUGCAGUUGUCAACCCUGCUGGAGCUAAAGGCACGACGGAGCUCAUGAGAGACAGGCUGGAGCAGCUGGAGCGGCAGCGGGAGCGGGAGAGGAAACAGAGGGAGCAGCUGCAGAAGGAGCAGCGCGAUCACAAGGAACGCGAGAGGAGGGGGGGAGACGACCGGCGGAAAGAGCGCGACUCCAGAAGAGAAGCAGUUCCUUUACACCACCGUGGGCCACCGGAUGAGUAUGAAGUCAAACCAAGACACCGCAGCCGCAGCCCCAACCUCAACCCCAACCGGCAUCACCGCGACCGGCUUGAACCUGGGGAUCAAGACAGGAUUUUAAAAGAUGAAAAGCCAGAAGACCGAGACCUGCUCUCCGACCUGCAGGAUAUCAGUGACAGUGAGAGAAAGACCAGCACUGCAGAGUCCUCAAUGGGUUCUGGCUCAGGUUCAGAAGAAGAUGAUGAUGAAGAUGACGAUGAAGAUGAUGAGUCUAGCAGCCAUAGUGAAGAAGAGGAGUCCGCUUCAAACUCAGCUGGAUCAGAACAAAGUGCAGAUGAUAUUACAGAGGAGGAGCCGUCCGAGGAGGGAGAAGAGGAGAAAGAAAAUGGCAACCUCCCUCUUACAGUACUGGAGUCACGUUUUGACCAUGACUCUGGGGAGAGUAUAGAGGAGGAUGAUGAGGAACUGGAUGAAGAUGAGGGUGGUGGUGACGAGGUCACACCACAGUCCCACACACAGUCAGCCACACCUGAAGAGAUUUACCUUCCCAGUUCACCCCCGCUUUCUCCAGUGGAGCUGAAGAAGGAGCUGCCCAAGUACCUUCCUGCCCUUCAGGGCUGUCGCAGUGUCGAGGAGUUCCAGUGUCUGAAUCGCAUUGAGGAGGGAACCUAUGGCGUGGUGUACAGAGCUAAAGACAAAAAAACAGAUGAGAUAGUAGCUUUGAAGAGGUUGAAGAUGGAAAAGGAGAAGGAGGGGUUCCCCAUAACGUCGCUGCGGGAGAUCAACACCAUCCUGAAGGCCCAGCACCCCAACAUCGUGACUGUGCGGGAGAUAGUUGUUGGUAGCAACAUGGACAAGAUCUACAUCGUGAUGAACUAUGUGGAACACGACCUCAAGAGCCUCAUGGAGACCAUGAAGCAGCCCUUUCUUCCAGGUGAAGUUAAAACCUUGAUGAUACAGUUGCUACGGGGUACCCGCCAUCUUCAUGACAACUGGAUCCUCCAUCGCGAUCUGAAAACAUCCAACCUGCUUCUCAGCCACAAGGGCAUCUUAAAAAUUGGAGACUUUGGGCUGGCCCGGGAGUAUGGCUCUCCUCUGAAACCCUAUACACCUGUAGUUGUGACUCUGUGGUACCGCUCACCUGACCUCCUACUCGGAGCAAAGGAGUACUCGACAGCAGUGGACAUGUGGUCUGUGGGCUGUAUCUUCGGUGAGCUGCUCACUCAGAAACCUCUGUUCCCAGGGAAGUCUGAGAUUGACCAGAUCAACAAAAUCUUUAAGGAUUUGGGCUCCCCUAGUGAGAAGAUCUGGCCUGGUUACAAUGAGCUUCCGGCAGUAAAGAAAAUGACGUUCACCGAGUACCCCUACAACAACCUCCGCAAGCGCUUUGGAGCUCUUCUGUCAGAUCAAGGCUUUGAUCUGAUGAACAAGUUCCUCACAUACUGCCCCAGUAAGCGCAUCAUGGCAGAGGAGGCUCUGAAACACGAGUACUUCCGUGAGUCCCCGCUCCCCAUCGAGCCGUCCAUGUUCCCCACGUGGCCUGCUAAGAGUGAGCAGCAGCGCGUCAAGAGGGGCACCAGCCCCAGACCCCCUGAAGGAGGCCUCGGCUACGCCCAGCUGGGGGAUGAUGACCUUAAAGACACAGGGUUCCAUCUAACUGUGGCCAAUCAGGGAGCAUCUAAAGCAGGCCCGGGCUUCAGCCUGAAGUUUUGAGGCUCUCAUUCAGCGCCCUACAUCACCUUAAAGAGGCUCUCAUUCAGCGCCCUACAUCACCUU